AUGUUGCCUCUGCGGGCGUCACUUACGUUCGGUGCCUUGUCUCAACUGGACGACAUUUCUCGUCCUUCGUAUGAGCAGUAUCUAGCCGUGACUACGGUUCUUCUUGUCCGAGGACGCACCUCGGAGGGCAACCCGUUCAUCAAUUAUGUGCUUCCUCUGGCUGCGUCAGACAACCUGAUCAUGGACUGCGUCCUAGCCAUUGGAGGGGCCCACAUGUCCGUUCAACAUGCCAAAAACCGCCAGUUGGAGGUUGUGGCUCGUGGUCAUUAUGCUCGGGUUUUGGCAGGGCUGCGCAAAGUCCUUGCUGGACAACCAGGCUCGACUUUCGGGAGCUCCAGAGAAGACAAACAAGUCUAUGUUGUUUUGGUCCUUCUUCUUCUAUGUAUUCUCGAAGGGGUACAAGGGGACGUCAACGGCGCAGUCUACCACCAUUUGGAAGCUACCCGGCAAUAUGUGGCUCCCUUGGCAGCCAAGUCGCGCAGGCCGUCUCCGCAUAAGCUCCAGCAUAUUCAUGGGUUCCUAUUGGAGAUCUACACAGUUUUCUCCCUGGAGCUCGCAAUAACACCAAAGGGCACCCUGGAUGAUCAACCAGUGAACUUGGAUCCUUUCCUCGAAUCGCUAGCCUUCCUCGGCGAAUACAAGUCCUGCGGUUUCAUGCUUGGGUUUGGACAUGGCCUUUUCGGAAUGAUACCCGAGAUCGCCAAGCUAGUCGAAGCUCGCCGGGCAGAAAACCUUGAUAAGAAAGCGCCCAGCAGUCUGUACCAGUCUUAUCGGUCGCUUGUUUCGAAGCUCGAUUCAUGGGACGAAUUCGCCGACGUUCUGGAAGGAGAUGGCGUCAGCCCACGGUACGAGCAGGCGACCGCUGCCACCAUCUACCGCAAUGCCCUGAUUAUCUAUCUUCACUCCGCCUUCCACGACAACCUCCUGAACAGCCCUGAGCUCGUUACGGAGAUCGAGCUGCGCAUAGACAAGAUGCUGCCGCUUUGCUGGGCUUUUUAUUCUGGCAUCUCGCCCUUGCGACGAAUGAUGCUGUGGCCUGUGAUGGUUUUGGCAUCAUGUUGCAGCAAGAGACAUCAUGUCGAAGCCUUUCGAUACGGGCUGAACAUUAACCCACGAGCACCGGGCGCGGUACGGGAGGCCGCGAGAGUGGUGCAGCUUCUUUGGGAAGACGAGAACCCUCGCGCCUUUGGUCCACGGGGGUUAAAUUGGGUUAUGAAGAAGCAUGGUAUCAGCAUCAGUGUGUGUUGA